UGAUCCUUUCCUUACUUCACUCUUCUCAACCUACUCCAACCUUCUCUCCUUCACCUUUCACCUCACGCGCCAUCCUAACAACAUAACUCCAAAUAGCGUGCUUCACACUCACUUCGUACACGCGUGAAACUCUCCAACUCUCACCUCUUAGUUUAUACGUACAAAACGGCGAUUAUAAGCAUAAAAAGCAACACUAUUUUUAUUUACCUUUACUUGUACCCUACGGUGUUCUACAUUCUUCGGCGAUCAAAUAUUCCGGCGACGGAGCAAAUAUGAAGAUUUUUGUAAAAACUCUUAAAGGCUCUCACUUUGAAAUCGAAGUCAAACCUGAAGACACGGUUGCCGAUGUGAAGAAGAACAUAGAAACAGUUCAGGGUUCAGAUGUUUAUCCUGCUGGCCAACAGAUGCUUAUCCACCAGGGAAAGGUCCUUAAAGAUGGGACGACAUUGGAAGAAAACAAGGUUGCUGAAAACAACUUUAUAGUAAUCAUGCUAACGAAGAGUAAGAGCGCAUCUGGGGAAGGUUCAGCAACAUCAACUGCACCAACAGCUAAGGUACCGCAGUCAAGUAACCCAGCUCCUAGUUCAACUCCUGCAUCAACAGCUACUCAAGUCCCAGUUGCCUCGCCUGCCCCUGCCCCUGCUCCUGCUCCUGCCCCUGCCCCUGCUGCUGCUGCUGCUCCUGCAUCAACUGCUGUGCCAGAAUCCGAUGUCUAUGGCCAAGCAGCUUCAAGCUUGGUCGCUGGUAACAACCUUGAUGGAGCCAUUCAGCAGAUUCUUGACAUGGGUGGUGGAACGUGGGAUAGGGACACAGUUGUUCGAGCUCUACGGGCAGCUUUUAACAAUCCCGAGAGAGCUGUUGAAUACUUGUACUCUGGUAUUCCCGAGGCAGCAGAGGUUCCUCCAGUUGGUGGAAGUCCACCCAGUGCUCAGACAGGAAACCAACCGGCUCAGCCUCAGCCAGCAGCACAACCAGCACCUGUUCCUGCAGGUGGACCCAAUGCAGAUCCUUUGAAUCUUUUUCCGCAGGGUCUUCCGAGCAUGGGAUCUAAUACUGGUGGUGCGAACACCUUAGACUUUCUAAGGAACAGUCAGCAGUUCCAAGCUUUACGAGCAAUGGUUCAGGCCAACCCACAAAUUUUGCAGCCCAUGCUUCAGGAGUUAGGGAAGCAGAAUCCUCAGCUAAUGAGGCUUAUACAGGAGCACCAGGCUGAUUUCCUUCGUCUUAUCAAUGAGCCUGUUGAGGGAGGAGAAGGCAACAUACUGGGCCAGCUUGCAACAGCAAUGCCACAGGCUAUACAAGUAACACCUGAAGAGCGUGAAGCCAUAGAACGUCUUGAGCAAAUGGGCUUUGAUCAUGACCUUGUACUAGAAGUUUUCUUUGCCUGCAAUAAAAAUGAGGAGCUCGCUGCUAAUUACCUCUUAGAUCACAUGCACGAGUUUGAGGAGUGAUAUGGAGCUUGGAUGGGUCUGUUGUGUAGCUUCCCUUUCUUGGCCCACGGCACAUAAGUUCCAUAUCCUUGUGGGUUCUAUGCUAUUCGAGUGCUGGAGAGGUGUGAACUAGAAAAGCAUAACCAAGUUAUCCUAUUUUUACUGUUCGUCUCCCAGUCUGUUUAGACCCCAUUAGAAUUGUCUUUAUACAUAGUUUUGUCAACCCCCUACCCUCUCCCACAAAUUAUUUCCUUCUUGUUGUUCGACUAUUUAACCCAGAGAUAACCUUUAAAUGUGGUCGGUUGGAAGCUAUUGGUAUUUGCAUGCAUUUCCAUUUCAA